AUGGCUCUGAGCUCUUGGGGAUUGUCCCCCUCUGCUCUGCUCUGCGGGAGAGGGACUGUGGUCCAGCAGCCCAGGGGUGUUUGUGGCUGCUGCGGUGCCCUGCGUCCUCGCUACAAGAGACUUGUCGACAACAUCUUCCCUGAGGACCCAGAGGAUGGGCUGGUGAAGACCAACAUGGAGAAACUGACUUUUUAUGCCCUGUCUGCCCCAGAGAAGCUGGAUCGCAUCGGUGCCUACUUGUCCGAGCGGCUGAUCCGGGACGUGAGCCGGCACCGCUAUGGGUACGUGUGCAUUGCCAUGGAGGCCCUGGACCAGCUCCUUAUGGCCUGCCACUGCCAGAGCAUCAACCUCUUCGUGGAGAGCUUCCUGAAGAUGGUGGCGAAGCUGCUGGAGUCAGAGAAACCCAACCUACAGAUCCUGGGUACCAACUCGUUUGUGAAGUUUGCCAACAUCGAGGAGGACACCCCGUCCUACCACCGCAGCUACGACUUCUUUGUGUCGCGCUUCAGCGAGAUGUGUCACUCCAGCCACGACGACCCCGACGUCCGCACAAAGAUCCGGAUGUCUGGCAUUAAAGGCUUGCAAGGAGUGGUAAGGAAGACAGUGAAUGAUGAACUCCAAGCCAACAUCUGGGACCCACAGCACAUGGACAAGAUUGUUCCCUCACUGCUUUUCAACUUACAGCAUGUGGACGAAGCCGAAAGCCGCUCCCCCUCCCCGCUGCAAGCCGAGAAGGAGAAGGAGAGCCCCACGGAGCUGGCAGAGAGGUGCCUGCGGGAACUGCUGGGCCGGGCGGCCUACGGGAACAUCAAGAACGCCAUCAAGCCCGUCCUCAUCCAUCUGGAUAACCACUCGCUCUGGGAGCCCAAGAUCUUUGCCACUUGCUGCUUCAGGAUCAUCAUGUACUCAAUCCAGCCGCAGCAUUCCCAUCUUGUGAUCCAGCAGCUCCUGGGGCACCUGGAUGCCAACAGCAAGAGUGCAGCCACCGUGCGUGCGGGCAUCGUGGAGGUCCUGUCUGAGGCAGCUGUGAUCGCAGCCUCUGGAUCCGUUGGCCCCACGGUGCUGGAGGUGUUCAACACCCUGCUGAGGCAGCUGCGGCUCAGCAUUGACUACGCCCUGACCGGGAGCUACGACUGCGGCACCGGCAUCAGCACCAAGAUUAUCAAGGAGCACGAGGAGAGGAUGUUCCAGGAAGCUGUCAUCAAAACCAUAGGGUCCUUCGCCAGCACGCUGCCCACCUACCAGCAGUCUGAGGUGAUGGUUUUCAUCAUGAACAAGGUGCCACUCCCCUCCUCGCAGCAGCCUAUCGAGGCCGGCAAAGCUGGGGAGAACCGGAAUAGGCUAACACAGAUCAUGCUCCUGAAGUCCCUCCUUCAGGUCUCUGUGGGCUUCCAGUGCAGUAACAUGCUCACAGCACUUCCCAGCGCCUUCCUGGACAGACUGCUCUCCGCAGCCCUCAUGGAGGACCCCGAGAUCCGCCUUUUUGUCCUGGAGAUCCUCAUCAGCUUCAUCGAUCGUCACGGGAACCGGCAGAAGUUUUCCACCAUCAGCACCAUCAGCGACAUCUCGGUCCUGAAGCUGAAAGUGGACAAAUGCUCGCGCCAAGAUACUGUCUUCAUGAAGAAGCACGGCCAGCAGCUCUACCGGCACAUCUACUUGAUAUGCAAGGAGGAGAGCAACGUGCAGGCUCACUACGAAGCUCUCUUCAGCAUGCUGAUGCUCAUCAGCAUUGAGCUGGCUAAUGAGGAGGUCGUGGUGGACCUCAUCCGCCUGGUGUUGGCAGUGCAGGAGAUUGCCCAGAUCAACGAGGACAACUUGGCACCGUACAACCGCUGCGCGCUCUUCGCCCUCGGUGCAGCUUAUCUCAACCUCAUCAGCCAGCUCAUCACCGUGCCCACCUUCUGCCAGCACAUCCAUGAGGUCAUCCAGAUGCGGCAGAAGGAAGCUCCUUAUCUGCUCCCUGAGGAUGUGUUUGUGGAGAAACCCAUGUUGAGCAAGAGCCUCGACUGCCUGAGUCCAGAGGUCUUCUUCUGGCAGAGCAAGAUCAGUGAGGUGUUGGGUGGCAGUGGUUACAACGCAGACCGGCUCAGCACACCCUACAUCCCCCAGCUGACAGAUGAAGAUCGCUUGUCCAAGAGGAAGAGCAUUGGCGAGACCAUUUCCCUGCAAGUCGAAGUGGAGUCGAGGAACAGCCCUGAGCGAGAGCAGCGAGUACCAGCGGAGGAGAUCACGUACGAGACGCUGAAGAAGGCGAUAGUAGACAGUGUUGCCGUGGAGGAGCAGGAGCGGGAGCGGAGGCGGCAAGUGGUGGAGAAAUUUCAGAAAGCCCCGUUUGAGGAGAUCGCUGCCCACUGUGGAGCCCGGGCCACGCUGCUGCAGAGCAAGCUCAACCAGAUCUUCGAGAUCACCAUACGACCACCACCCAGCCCCUCUGGCACCAUCACAGCUGCUUAUGGCCAACCUCAAAACCACUCCAUCCCAGUGUAUGAGAUGAAGUUCCCGGACCUGUGUGUGUACUGA